AUGAGAGCCGUUCGAGACAACAAUCUCACAGGCAAUUUCGGAUCAGCUUACAGCGAGGCAGCGUCUGCUCUCGCCACAGCAACAAGCUAUCUAAACGAUCACCUAACCAGACGAAAAACACAAGAGGACACUUUCACUCCCGGCUUUUGCUCCGACUACGAGGGAGCAGUCUAUAUCAAGGUCUUUACUGCUGACGACAUUGCGCGCCGCCUCAACUACCCGCGAGCGCGCACCGUCAUCUUGGAGUUAAAUAAGAACCUCGUUCUCGACAAGGGUCUGCUGUUCGACUCGCGCUACUCGUGCACUGUACUGCGUUCCAACAACAUAACCGGAUCCGUUCCCGUGUUCAACAAGUCGCCGGGCGUGAUUCGCGUCGCCAUGAGCGGCUAUGGGCCCACGCUGGAGAAGUCGUAUAUCGCGAUCACCAAUAACGAGGUCUACGGUGUCGAUACCCCAAUUGUCCUUUACCAAGGCGCCAUUGGCGUGAUAGUGCGCAACAACUACGUGCACGACUUCAUAUUCGCGGGCAUCCGCUGCGGCGCGGACGUGCACUACGCGGCGGACUGCGUGCUGGCGACCAUCUCGUACAACAUUGUGGUGGCCGCUGGGACUAACCGGUCCGGGGAUCAAGAUGCUGCCGGGAUCUACUUCUGCACGCACUGGUUCAGCCCUGCGAACCUGGCGGAGUGCAACUACGUGUUCAAUGGAGACCACUGCUACUACCUGGACUAUGUCACGUCAGGAGUGACGGUGAAUGGAGGGGCGUGUGUGGGCACAUACGAUGGCAUCAAAGUCAACAACGGCAAGUGGAACUCCAUUGACAACAUAAUCAUCAAGGACGUAGCAGGCAUGCCCGGCUGGUGCACGUGCUUCACUCCCACCGUCAACAACUGCGCCAAACGCCCAGGAACCUACUGGGAGGCCAUGCGAAAGAAAUACUAUGACACUCCUCUCUUCCGCUCGCAGUGGCCCUGGUGGGACAGUGUGUGCCAGGACCGGAGCAUUCGAGGCAAGCUGUGCAAUAUCGGCCGCAAAGGCACGCUUUCAGGGAAGCAAACCGGGUAUUGCAGCGGCCUUCCGACGGAUAAUUUCGUUCGGCUUAUUGUUGCUAACGGGACGCGCGAUAUGGGGUAUAAGUAUUGCGAGGUGCUGCCGACGGUGGAGGAGGGGACGUUCAACAAGCACCAGAUGGUGAACCUCACGGAUAUUCCCUCUGCAGCGUUCUUCGAUUACGCGCAGAACGACUUUGGAGUGUACAAGCGCUCAUCGCUGCUCAAGAAUUUGCCAAACUUUAAAGCCUGCCCGAGGUGGGCGGUUGGGCCGAGGAGAGUGGACGAGAGUUUCUACCUUGCGAACUACAAUCAUCCAAUGCCGCCCGCGUUCCAAUUGGUGGUUAACAUGAAAACGACGCAUAUCAUUGAUCGCGCACUGCAGGCCUCGUUGAAGUGA